AUGGCGACCUCCACCACCUCACACAGGCCCAUCAAGGGGAUACUGAAGAAUAAGAGCUCCACUGCUUCCUCGGUGACUGCCUCUGCCCAGCAGUCGGGAGGGACAAUACCAGAGGUAAAGAGAAAAAAGUCCCAGAAAUGGGACGAAUCCAGCAUCCUGGCCACACACCGUCCAGCCUACAGAGACUACAAUUUAAUGAAGAUCAACGAGCCCAGCAGCCCCUACUUCAGCCCACAGGAUGAUGGAGAAGAGCCAGUGAGUGAUUUGGAAGCAAAGGAAGCCAUGACCCCAGACAUCUUAGCCAAGAAAUUAGCCGCCAGUGGUACCUUGGAGUUGAACUGCCAGUUGGGAGAGCCGGAGAGUGACGGGGCGCACAGCAGUAAGAUCCUUCUCGACAAGCAAGCAAAGCAGCGGCAGUUCGAAAUGAAAAGGAAACUACACUCUAACGAAGGCCUGAACCUCAAGCUGGCUAGAGAACUGAUCUCCAAAGACUUCCAACAUGAGAAAGACAGGGAUGACAACGAAGAAACUCUACAUGAUGACAACAACGAAGACAACACUGCUGCGGAAGAAUCGGAUGAAGGUCCUACAAGUGACGAACUGCAAACCCAGUCAUCUUCUGCCUAG